AUGGUACCAAGCCGGGAGGGUUAUCCAGGCGAUCGUGAGUGUCUUGACCAUUCCCUUGACCUCGGCUGUUGCUCGAGUGCCGCGGUCAUCUUUGUUCAGAAGAAAACUUCUCGCGGUGGGCUCAGCAUGAGGCAGGUGAUCACUAUUGCAGACAAAGGAUGGACCGAUAUUCCAACAUACAUCAGGGAAUUUCCAUUUUUCGCCACGAAAGGUUGGAAGCGGUAUGGAAGCUCAUUUCUGCUGUUGACUAUCUUCGUCAAUCUUCUCAGUUCGCUCAUAUCGCCUCUGCAAGCGAUAUUUCUGUCCACCAAGACCAUCAAGACUCCAACAUACCCUUUAGAGAGAAACGCGGAUUACGCAGAUACAAACUUGAUCGUGGCCCUGACUCGUGGCGCCCUAGAGUCGACAACCAAAUUCCAGCGGCAAGCCCAGCUCUGGAAAGGCGCAAACGUAUCUUGUGUCCUGGAUUCACCCGGGUGGAAUAUAUCCCAGUCAUGUACACGCGGAGGUGCAACUUUGGGCGACAUCCUGCAUCUGGAAAAUCCGUUCUUACCUCAACUCCCAAGCGGCUACAGCUCUGGCCUUAUCCAGCAGUUUAUUCCUCGUAUCAAUUCCACUGCGCAGUAUCACAACAUUUCUGCCGACGAAUUCCCCAAAGCCUGUGACAAAAUCGAGGGUACGUUUUUCGUCGAUUACUCCCGCGUGAAUAGGGGGGAAUAUGGAAUCAACUGGGCGUGGGGACUCCAAGCGUGCAUGCCUUUUGAUCUCACGCAUUCGCCAUGGAAAUCUACCCGGGAUCGUCAAGAUCUCACAGAAGAGCUGUCCUUGAAUGUAACUGUGCUGGAUGAUUAUACCAAUUACGUCGAAAGCUGA